GAACUGAGGUGACGAUCCGAAUCCUUUGUUAUCACAAGCCGUGGCCGCAUACAGCUGUAAUUCACAACAAUGGUGGUGCCGGUCGUGUUUUAGGUUAAAGUUGCGUGGCUUCAAAUAACAGUUUAGUCCAAUUUAGAGUUGUGAAAAAUGGACAAUAGGAUCACAAUAUGUGACCCGGACGAAGAAGAAAUCGACGAUGGAAUAUUUCAAGAUAUCGAGCCAGUCACGUGGAUUAACGAUGAUCCAAACUACGAUUUGGAUGAAGUCAACAUGUUCUUCCAUAGGGUGGAUUCUGAUCAGAUUAUAUACGAGGAGAAAAAGAAAAAAUGUAAAUUUAUUGGUAAAUAUGUUAUGGGUGAUGUUCUUGGUGAAGGUAGUUACGGAAAGGUGAAAGAAGUGCUGGACUCAGAGACACUUUGUCGUAGAGCCGUGAAAAUUUUAAAAAGGAAGAAACUUCGUAGAAUCCCGAACGGAGAGCUUAACGUUCAACGGAUAUGUUGGGAAGCACACCUCUUAAAAAGCUUCCUCUUUGGCAAGCACAUGACUAUUUCUGUCAGUUGUUGGAUGGUUUAGAAUACCUUUACAGUAAAGGGAUAGUACAUAAAGAUAUUAAACCAGGAAAUUUAUUGCUGGCUUUAGACGGCACCUUGAAGAUUAGCGAUUUUGGAGUUGCUGAGGCAUUAGAUAUGUUUUCUGAAGAUGACAUAUGUAAAAUGGGACAAGGGUCACCAGCAUUUCAGCCUCCUGAAAUAGCAAAUGGCUGUGAAACGUUUUCUGGCUUUAAAGUAGACAUAUGGAGCAGUGGAGUUACACUGUACAAUAUAACAACAGGUCAAUAUCCUUUUCAAGGCGAUAAUAUUUAUAAAUUAUAUGAGAAUAUAGGGAAAGGUGAAUAUACAAUACCUGAAGAAGUAGAAGAGCCUUUGAGAUCUCUUAUACAAGGAAUGUUACAAAAAGAUGCAGAUAAAAGAUUUAAUUUACAACAAGUUCGAAGGCAUCCAUGGACUAUAUGCAGGCAUCCUAGAACACAAGAAGAAGUGCCUAUACCUCCUCUCAAAGGACAUAAAUGGCACAGUAUGACCGUACUACCGUACCUGAUGGACUAUCAUUACGGAGGUGACGACAAUCCUACGUAUUACACUGAACACCAACUAAAUGAGGAAAAAAGGCAUCAAGAAAUGGACAGAACCAGUGAAGACCAAAAAACUACAUGGAAUAGUCACAAUAGCAAAUCAAAUUCACAUCAGAGUAAACGAAGAUGGCGCAAACCAAUUUCAUGCAUUAGCGUUAAAAAAUUUCCAUCUUGCAAGCCAUCGUGAUUUGUCUUGCUGCCACGCUUAUUUUUUAAUUAUGUAUUUUCCUGACUAUGUCAGAUACAAUUUUUCUCUGCAGUGGAGAUGACUGAGAAUCUAAUAACGCGCUGAAACGCUAAGACAGUUUAUCUAGACGCAGCUCGAAUUGAGUAUAAAAUUUGAACUAAUUCAAAAGCAUUAAAUGUAAACAUUUGUGAUAUUAAUAUUAAAUAGUCAUAGUAGAUAAUUCGUCAUGUCCUACUAAUUAUGAGGUUAAUCACUCGAAGUCCAAAUAAAGUGAUUUUCCUUCAUGUGCCAUAAUGAACAUACAACUCUUAAGCAAUCUGUUGUUAAAAUUUGUGUACAACUUUCACUUUUCUUGCGUUUUGUUAGCUUCAAUAAUUAAAAGAAAUUAAUUAAAUAUACAGCACAGAAAUUUAUUAACUUGUUUUUGAUAUUUAGUCUUAUUUUCGUGUAUGAGUUUUAAUUAAAUGCACGCCACUAGUAAAUUUAAAAUAUAUUGUUCUCGAAGAAAUGGGUAUUUUAUUAAUUUUGACAUUAUUAACAAAAAUAUUUAUAUUUUUUUUAGUUUUAAAGCAAGAAUAGAAACUAUUGUUCAUGGAAGGGAAGCCUUUGCCCUUCUCUGUGCUUGUAAGUCGGACUCGUUUAUGUACUAUAUUAACAAAGUAUUUGUAAAAUAAGGAAAUCGUGUAAUCUAAUGUAAGAAGAAAGACAAAGAAGAUUCAAAUUAUUCGAGCGUGUAAGUUUGCUUGGUGCUGGUUUAUAUGAAAUACAAGUCACAAAUAUCGUUUUUAAUCGAUAUUGAAAACUUUUCUCCAGUGUAUGUACAUGUUAAGAAUAUUUUCUAUAUAAUUGUUAUUUAGAAAUGAAAAAAAAAACAUGAUCUGUGUUUAUAAACUCUGCAUAUGUAAAAUAGUAUUAUAUUUACGAGCCAAUUUGCAAACACUUAACACAAUGCUUGUAACAUGACUUAACACGUAACAGGUAUUGAUUCGCGUAUGAUACAAGAUUAUAAGAAUUGUUUACACGCAUACUUACAAUAGAUAUUAUUGAGGCGUACUUGAGUAUUAUUAAGCAUACACAUGAUAUUGUUGAUAUAUCUGCGUAUAAACUUCGUACUAAGUGUUCCAAAUUUAUGUUACAAAGUUAUAUAAAAUAUUGUCAACGUAGUGUGAUACACCUGGCAAACAUUACGUUUCUAUACAAACAUGUUAUACACAUGUACUUCAAAUACAAAUGAUAAAUUUAAGAAUUUUUAAAAUGAAAAAUAAGGUAACGUGCAUUCGACCAAUUCGUUUAGAGCAACAAUGAAUUGUAUACUUGACACGCUUCCACACCAGAAUUAUUUAUUUCUUAAAGAAAAUAUUAUUAAUGGCUAAAAAAUAAUAGACGUUACAAUAUAUCAAGAAUAAGCAAAAUAUUCUGUUUAGGAUAAGUAAAAAUCAAAUAUGAUAUCGGAAUCGAUAUUAUUUUAAAUACCCCCAUUUUGUCGACAUAAUUUAUAUAGAAAGAAAAUCCUAAAGAAAUGUUAUGAAAUUACGUAUCAUGCAGAGUUCGAAGUAUAGCGAGUAUGAAAUAUAAAUUGUUCUUUCCUUGCAGGAAGUAAGGUGCCUAAAUACUGCCAAGUACUCAAAGCACAUGGAGAAUAGUCACGCAUUUUCUGAUUGUAGAUAAGCAAAGAUAAAAUUAGUAUAGUAUAUAUAUAUAUAUACACAUACUAACUUUAUCUUUGCGUAAAUUAAAAUAAAGAAAAAGGAAUUAUAAUUGCGAUCACUGGCACGACAAGAAUAAAGAAAAAUAAUAUAAUAGAAAA